UAAAUAUUAUGCCGAGGGGGAGCGGUGAGAGAAGAGCCAGCGCCGCGCGGUGUGUGCUGUGCGGCUGGAGCCGAGCAUGCGCACACUCCCCCGGCUCGGGAGCUGGGGCUUCUCCGCGCAGCGGGCCCGGGCAGGCCAUGAGAAAGCCGGACGGGGCGCCUGUCGGACUCAACCGUGGAGGAAGCUGAAGAGCAUGGUGCACUGGUCCCCGUGCGUCGUGUCCUUCCGGAAGCGAUACCCCUGGGUGCAGCUUGCUGGCCAUGCAGGCACCUUCAAGGCGGGGGAUUUUGGGCGCAUCCUGAAGAAGUAUUCCCCCGGCGAGCGGCAGUGCCUGGAGCGCCUGGCGUGCGACGCGCUGCAGCCCUUCGUGCCAGCCUUCUACGGCGUGGUGGAGCAGGACGGGGAGGCCUACAUCCAGAUGGAGGACCUGCUGUGCGACUUCGACGCCCCCUCCAUCAUGGACUGCAAAAUGGGGACCAGGACGUACCUGGAGGAGGAACUGGAGAAGGCGAGGCAGCAGCCGUGCCCCCGCGAGGACAUGUAUGACAAGAUGGUGGCCGUCGACCCGGCGGCGCCCACGGCCGAGGAGCACGCACGGCGCGGUGUCCUGAAGCCGCGCUACAUGCAGUGGCGGGAGACGCUCAGCUCGACCACCACGCUCGGCUUCCGCAUCGAGGGCAUCAAGAAAGCCGACGGCACCUGUGACACCAGCUUCAAGAAGACGCGCCAGCCGGAGCAAGUGGUUCAGGCCUUCUGGGACUUCGUGGACAGAGACAGACGCGUCCUGACGAGCUACCUGAAGUGCCUGCAGGAGGCGAGGGUGGCGCUGGAGCAGUCGGAGUUCUUCAAGGUGCACGAGGUGGUGGGCAGCUCCCUGCUCUUUAUCCACGACCAAACCGGCCUGGCCCGGGUCCGGAUGAUCGAUUUUGGAAAGACCGUCCCGCUGCCCGAGAGGCAAACCCUGACGCACCGGCUGCCAUGGGUGGAAGGGAACCGCGAAGAUGGCUACCUCUGGGGCUUGGACAACCUCAUUGCGAUCCUGGGGAGCAUGCUGGGAGAGUGAGCAGGCCUGGCCUGGCCUGGCCUGGCCUGGGACGAGGACAGCGACCAGGGACUCUGCCUUUAUUUAUUCAGCCAGAUAUGCUACCGAACCAACGGACUCCCGAGGAAGCCUGGGGGAAGCGGCAGGGAGACCUGACCGAGCCCAGCACGCCUGCUCCCACUGGCGACCUGGCCUUGCAAGGGGUCCUGGCUCCGGCCAGCCAGUGUGGGGGGCCCUCAUUCGGUGACGGACG